UAAAUUGAAUGCCGCCGUCAUUUACAUUGUUGCCUGGCUCGGUGUUUUCAUUGAGAAGUGGUAGUUUUCGCAUUUUGUGUCGUUUCUAGUUUUUCUAUCAACCAAAUAACCAACGUGUUUUUACCACUUGGUUAAAGUUGUUCUUGUACCUAUGAGUACAAAACAAUUUUUGUCGUCAGGACUCCCCCGGAAGAAGGUUUAUGAAGCACAAACAACAUUAUAUGGGGUGCAAGUAAACUGCCUGCAGCGAGCAAACUGAGAUAAAUUUGACCCCGAUUUCUAUAUUUCUAUUCUUUUUGUUGUGGUCUGUCACCGCCUCUGAAGGAAAACAAUAAAGCACAGAAAUGAACAAGGCUGACGUCAACAGACGGGUUUUGGCCAUCCAAGCCAAAAAGAAGCGACACAAGCCAAAUAAGAAACGUGGUAAAGCCAACGGCAAUGCUGGUGGUGCAGGUGGAGGACAGCAGCAGCAUAUGUCUCAGAACGAUGUAAACGAUGCAGCAACACCAUCACCAUCCGAUGCUGCAAUCAGCAAUCAUCUCCUCGAAGACAAUCUUAUUUUAAAAUCGCCGAAUUCCAUGCCAGAAGUGUGUGGCAUCUCUACCAAAAUCUCAAAAUCAUUUUGUGCCGCACCAUCAUCCAGUGGUUCAAAUUCAUUGGCGGGCAAUACUCCCAUCACUGGCUCAUCGAAUACCUUGGAUGAGUCGACAUACAUUGGCACGCCUUCGUCCAAAAAGUUUUCAAAUUUCAUACAUCCAAAUGAGGUUUCCAAUGAUGAUUACAUGCCACAAGAUGGUUACUUGGAACAACACCAUUUAAAUCAUGACGACUAUUUGCACUACCAUCAGCAGCAACAUUAUGUUGAUCCCAUCUAUCAUGCCGAAUAUGUGAAGAAGCAGCAAUUACUUCAGCAGCAGCAGCAACAACAACAACAUCAGCAGCAACAACAACAAUAUCAAUAUCCACCACGUAGUUCUUCCAACGAUUCUGAAGAAUCAGAAUUGAAUAGCGAAAAUGAGGAACAAGAACUUAAAGAAGACUAUUGCAAGGGAGGCUAUCAUCCAGUAAAUAUUGGAGAUCUUUUCCAAGGUCGCUAUCAUGUUGUGCGAAAAUUAGGUUGGGGUCAUUUUUCAACCGUUUGGCUUUGCUGGGACUUGCAAGAGAAGCGAUAUGUGGCCAUUAAAAUUGUGAAAUCAGCUCAACAUUUUGCCGAAACAGCUCGAGAUGAGAUAAAAAUACUCAAAUCGGUGCGGGAUUCAGAUCCAAAUAAUCCACGCCGCCAGAAAACCGUCCAGUUGUUGGAUGACUUUAAGAUAACGGGUGUAAAUGGAACACACAUUUGCAUGGUGUUCGAAGUGCUUGGUGACAAUCUCUUGAAACUGAUACGCAAGUCCAAUUAUCGUGGAAUACCCAUCGAAAAUGUGAAAACAAUCACACGGCAGGUUCUCGAAGGACUUGAUUAUCUGCAUACAUGCUGUAAAAUCAUACACACCGACAUAAAGCCCGAAAAUGUGCUUUUGUGCGUUAACGAAAACUAUGUGCGAAAGCUGGCGAACGAAGCUACCGAACUUUAUGUAAUGAACUUCAAGAUGUUCCCUUCGUUUGUCAGCCGGGCUCCCAAGGAGUAUAGGGAGCCACAGAUAACGGGCAAGAUGAGCAAGAACAAGAAACGCAAGCUGAAGAAGAAGGCCAAGAAGCGUUUAGAGCUUUUUAAAAAACAAUGGGACUAUUUGGAACAAAGUGGUGCCACGGGUAAUGGCGAUCAAGCGGAGGAGAAAACUGAGCUUGAUGGUGGCGGAAAGUCCCUACAGAAUGGCGAUGCAUCCGAUAAUGAUGACGAUGAAGAUCUACAGGAUGACAUGGCUGAGGAAAAGGCGGCGGACGCUGAUGCUGAUGAUGACGAUGAACACGUUAUGGAGGAGCCGGCGAAGCCCAUCAAAUUAAAGACUUCGAAACCCAACAAUGGAAAGCAACAACAACAACAGCAGCAGCAGCAACAACAACAGGGUGAUGCUGAACAGAACAACGCUGCACCUGCUACCACAACGGAAAAUAAAAAGAAGAAGAAAAAGAAAAACAAGAAAAAGGGUAAUCAGCAGCAGCAGCAACAACAGCAACAACCACAAAACGAAAAGAACACAAAAGUGGUUGCGGGUAACUCAACAACAUCCUCGAGCAGUGGCAGCAACACGAUUAAAGGCGAACAAAACGACUCCACCAGCAGUUCUUCGGUGACCCUGAAAGGUCAAUUGUCAAAUACAGGUGAUGCUGGAGGUCAAGGCAAACAGCAGAAAUCACAACAACAUCAAAACAACAAACCCCCGACGAAGGGGGCUAACAAUAACAACAAUAACACCAGCAAAACAAACAAUAAAGCAAAUCAGAAUCCGAAGAAUCAGCCACCACAGCAUAGUCCAAUGCAACCGCAACUGCACCAACCAGUGGCAAUUACCAAUGGGCCUUCAACAGAACCCGAAACCCGGCCAAAGGAUCCUGCCUUAGAGCCCUGUGAUUUUGAGGUUAAAAUUGCCGACUUGGGAAAUGCUUGCUGGGUCGAUAAGCAUUUCACCGAGGACAUACAAACGCGACAAUAUCGUUCCUUGGAAGUGAUAUUGGGUGCAGGUUAUGAUACAUCAGCCGAUAUAUGGAGUACAGCCUGCAUGGCCUUUGAAUUGGCCACAGGUGAUUAUUUGUUCGAACCACAUUCGGGUGAUAACUACACAAGGGAUGAAGACCACAUUGCCCAUAUAAUUGAACUUUUGGGACCCAUUCCCCCUCACAUUGUCUUCAGGGGAGCCUACGCCACACAUAGUUUCAACCGCAAAGGUGAACUACGUAACAUAACUGGCUUGAAGCCAUGGGGCCUAGUGGCUGUUUUGCAUGAGAAAUACGAAUGGUCUUUGGAGGAGGCCGAGGCAUUUGCCGACUUCUUAAAGCCCAUGCUACAAUUCGAUCCCGCAAAAAGGGCAACGGCAGCGGAAUGUCUAAAGCAUCCAUGGCUAAGAUAAGAUACACUUAUUAACCCCAGUAACCAGCCCCAAAAUCCCCACCACAGUCAGUCCUCUACCAGCAGCUCCUACUCAUCAUCCAACACAACGUUGAAUACAACUUCAAAUGAUGACGAUGACGACACCGUAUCGGCUACUUUGUAUGCAGUUUGUCGACAAAAAAAGAGUUUAUUGCCCCGUUUAUCGUUACCACCGCCUCUUGAUAGUGGCGGUGAAUUCCGUGCAGGAGCGGUCACGGCCUCAUCCUCAUCGUCGGCAGCUACAUAUUUACGUUCGCCAUCAUUGCCCGCCGCCAUACCAUCAGUAGCCUCAGAUCUACUGUCCGCAAAUAGCAGAUCUCCGUCUCGAUCUUUGAUGACAUCUAUUUGGCGUUUAUCGACAUCAAAAUCCUUAUCACCCCAACCAGUGGCUAAUACAAAUGCUGCGCAAAAUUUGUGCUGGCGCAAAGCAAAAACCUGGCGUCGCAUUUUCAAAAAGCAUUGAAACGAAGGGCUACAACAAGUACAGCAACGGUGGUUGAUCUCCCGAUGACAGUGAUGAUGAUGAUGAAAGAAGUAAUAUCAAACCACUCUCAAAUAAUUCGUCGUUUAGGCAUCAUUUCCUUCCCCAUAUUUAUUUAUGUUCGUUUAACUAUUUCCAGAAAAAUAUAAUAAUAUUGUGGUGAGAUGUCUGAUGAGAUUCUCACAUAAAAUAAUAAAAGCAACAACAAACUGCAACAAUAAUUUUGUUUAGAGUUAAAAUUCCUUUAUAUGCGCGAAACCUCCCUUUAUUAUAGAAAGUACCCUAAUAAUGACAACACAACUAUCAGUUAGUAAAUAAUAAUAAUAAUAACAAUAAUAAUGUCAAAUGAAUUAAAACUGAUGAACAUCUUAAACGUAACGACAACAACACAUAAUAGUACACCACGAAUUUCUUUUGAAUAUAUUUUAUGUUCCACAUGCAUUAUUUUGUUGUGUUUGUUUUUAUGAAAUUGAAUAUUAAAAACAAAACAUAUGUAUGAUGACUGCAUAAUAGUUUCCUUUUUUUUUGUUUUGUAAAUUUUCAAGAAACCCAUGGAACACCACACGCAAAGUUCCCAAAGCAAUUAAGAAUUUCUUUGUGUUUGACUUUGCGUUUUUUUAAAUUGUAAAACAUUUCAAAUAAUUUUGUUUUAAUUAAUAAUUUAAUAAUUGUAAUAAUAAAUUAACUUAUUUUCUCUCAUAUAAAUAUGUAUGCCUGUUCUUCUUUUGUUGAUUGAACAAAAAGACAACUUAACCCAAGUUACAUUCAAAUAUUGUAGUAGUGGAAAGGAAGAAUUAAGAUAUCAUCUUUCAACAUAUUAUUAAUAAAAAAAAAAGAAACACAAACCACAGGUGGUUGGAAGAACGAAUCUUCCACAUCUGAUGAGAGCAGCCUACUAAAAUUAUUAAAAAAAAAACAACUAAGCAAAUGAAAUUGUUUGGCAAAAAACCAUAAGAAAAUACGAAUAUAAAAAUAUGACAACUAACAUUACUCACAAAAAAAAAUUAAGAAAACAUUGUAGUGAAUAUUACAAUACUUAUAGAGAAAAAGAAAAUGAAGCAAAUAGCAAAAAUAAAACACCAUAUUGCAAGAAACUUUAAAUGCAAAAAGAGCAGAGUAUAUACAUAAAUACAUAAUUGUGUCUGUGUGUGUGUUAAUUGAUGUUAAUGGGUUCCCUUGCAUCCGUUUUUAAAUUAUACGUGCCUGACAAACAAACAAAACAUUAAUGCUUUUAAUUUUCCAAUCAGAUAGGAUUAACAAUUU